UACUCGUUUUAUGUAUGACCGUGAAUCAUAAGGUGAAGAGGCAUGAAAUUGUGUCUGUCUGAUAAAGAGAUCUAAGAUAGUAAUAGGGAAGUGGGAGAAGGAAAGAAUGGGAAAAUACAUGAGAAUCCACCAAAGCGAAAACUUCUUGUUGCAAUCGUUGCGUUGAAAGCCAUUGAAAACGCUUGGGAGCGCUGCUGUUAGUUCGUGAUUCCGAAUUAUACCGAAUGUCAUGUAAAUGGCGAAAUAUAUACGACAAUACUGACGGAAAAUAAGAAUAUCCCUGCUCGCUUGGAGCACUUUGUCCGUUCGUGGUACGUCGAUAAGCUUGUUCGUACAAACGACGGUGCAAGUACGUUGUCGUGUUCGUUUUCUUAUCGGGAAACGAGACGUUUCAUAAAGGAUGGCGACCUGACCCCUUACGAAGGAUGGAACACUGUGCGGAACGAAAAAUAACAUUCAGCCAAAGCCAUACACCACGGGAGAGAGAAAGCUGUCAAAAUCGUCAGAUUGAAACCCAUUUAGUUGGUGCUAUAAAAGACAUAAGAUGACAGACGUAGAUCCGGAGACAUUACUAGAAUGGCUCAGUAUGGGCCAGGGAGACGAAAGAGAUAUGCAAUUAAUUGCAUUAGAACAACUAUGCAUGUUAUUACUUAUGUCUGAUAAUGUCGAUCGCUGCUUCGAAUGCUGUCCACCACGCACAUUUUUGCCUGCAUUAUGUAGAAUUUUCUUAGAUGAAUUUGCACCUGACAGUGUUUUAGAAGUAACAGCUCGAGCCAUAACAUAUUAUUUAGAUGUUUCUGCAGAAUGUACACGCAGAGUAGUAGCUAUGGAAGGUGCAGUGAAAGCUAUUUGUGGUCGUCUGUCUGGCGCUGGACUAGGCUCCAGAGCUAGCAGAGACCUAGCAGAACAAUGUAUAAAGGUGUUAGAACUCGUUUGCGCAAGAGAAGCAGGUGCUGUGUUUGAAGCAGGAGGCCUUCCAUGUGCAUUAUGUUUCAUCAGAGAGCAUGGAGCACGCGUUCAUCGAGAUACAUUACAUUCUGCAAUGGCUGUAGUAACACGUCUAUGUGGCAAAGUUGAACCUCAAGAUAAAACUUUGCCUGAUUGUGUAGAAGCAUUAUCAACUUUGCUUAGGCACGAGGAUGCACAUGUGGCGGAUGGUGCACUUCGUUGCUUUGCAUCAUUGGCUGAUAGAUUUUCCAGGAGAGGAACUGAUCCUGCUCCAUUAGCUUGCAAUGGAUUGGUUUCUGAACUUCUGUAUAGAUUAUCAAACGCUGCAGGACCUGGUACAUCUGUCACAGCAGCUUCCAGUAAUCCAAAGACACCUCCACCGCCUACUACUGCAGCAACUUCAGAACCAAGGUCUUGCGCUUCAGUUUCCACUAUAAUCAGUCUUCUAUCUACAUUAUGUAGGGGAUCGCCAUCGAUAACUCACGAUCUUCUACGUUCAGAAUUACCAGAUGCAAUAGAAAAGGCCCUAAAAGGAGAUGAAAGAUGUGCUCUCGAUUCUAUGAGAUUAGUUGAUCUUUUGUUAGUUUUAUUGUUUGAGGGUAGAUCAGCCCUUGGUCGUGGCACUACAGGAGGUCCUUCAGGACCAUUGUUACCAAGAUUAAGACGUUUGGAUAGUGCGGGUGAAAAGUCUCAUAGACAACUAAUUGAUUGUAUAAGAUCCAAAGAUACAGAUGCAUUAAUAGAAGCUAUAGAUUCUGGAGGUAUUGAAGUCAACUUUAUGGAUGAUGUUGGUCAAACAUUGUUAAAUUGGGCUUCGGCAUUUGGUACACAAGAAAUGGUUGAAUUUUUAUGUGAUAGAGGUGCAGAUGUUAAUAAAGGUCAACGAUCGUCAAGUCUACAUUAUGCAGCUUGUUUUGGAAGGCCAGCGAUUGCAAAAGUUUUGCUUAGGCAUGGAGCAAAUCCUGAUCUUAGAGACGAAGACGGAAAAACUCCAUUAGAUAAGGCUAGAGAACGUGUCGAUGAAGGUCAUAGAGAAGUCGCAGCUAUAUUACAAUCACCUGGGGAGUGGAUGUUACCACCAAAUCAAGAGCAUAGAAAGCCAGAAGCAGAAACGGAAGAAUUUACAGAACCAAAGGGUGAUCCUGAAAUGGCUCCAGUAUAUUUAAAAAGACUUUUACCAGUAUUUUGUACAACUUUCCAAUCAACGAUGCUCCCCAGUGUUAGAAAAGCAAGUUUAAGUUUAAUUAGAAAAAUGGUACAUUAUAUACAACCAGAAUUACUCGUUGAAACAUGUGGUUCUGAUAGUACAGGCGGCUGUGGUGCUAUGCUUGUGGAAGUUAUUGCAAAUGUAUUAGAUAAUGAGGAGGUUGAGAUAAAGGCGCCAUCGCCACCGCCUCUGCCUCUCAAGCCGAUCAUUGGCCCCAAAUUGCCCUGCAUUUCAUCACGCAAGUUUGCCAGUUCCCAGAACUACAUUCUUGAUAAGACGGAAGAUGAAGAUGGACAUUUAGUAGUUUUGCAAAUGAUACAAGAUUUGAUGAUUAAAGGAAAAGAUGAAUUUUUGGAGCACUUUGCUCGUCUUGGAAUAUUUUCUAAAGUUGCUUCAUUAGCUGGACCACAAGAAGUUGCUCCUGAACCAGAAGCAGAACAAAAUCAAUCAGGACAGGAACAAACCAUGGAAGAUGCUCGAGAGUUGUUAAUUGGAAGAGCUUAUCACUGGAGAGAUUGGUGCAUUUGUAGAGGUCGAGAUUGUUUAUAUGUCUGGUCAGAUGCUGCUGCUUUAGAAUUAUCAAAUGGAAGCAAUGGAUGGUUUAGAUUUAUACUUGACGGCAAAUUAGCAACAAUGUACUCUAGUGGAAGCCCAGAAGGUGGAACUGACACAUCAGGAAAGGGGAGGAACACAGAGUCGCUUACUACUGAAGAAAACCGCGGUGAAUUUUUGGAAAAACUCCAGAGAGCACGCAGUCAAGUAAAACCAAAUUCUGCCAGUCAACCUGUGCUAUCCCGGCCUGGUCCCAUUCGAUUAGUUGUUGGAAAUUGGGCAUUAUCUAGUAGAAAAGAAAGUGAAUUAUGUAUACAUAAUAGUGAUGGUCAGCAACAGGCCACUAUAUUGAGGGAGGAUCUUCCCGGUUUUAUUUUUGAAUCAAAUCGUGGUACAAAGCACUCUUUUACAGCAGAAACAAGUUUAGGUCCAGAAUUUGCUGCUGGUUGGGCUGGAAAACGAGGAAAAAGAUUAAGAUCAAAAACUGAAGCUAUAAAACAAAAAGUUAAAGUGCAAGCUCAAGAUAUUUAUGAACGUUACUUUAAAGCUGCUCAAGCACAGCCGCGUGGAGUAGUUGCCAAACUCGGAGCUAUUGUAAACCAAAUAGAGAAAGCUUGUCAAAAGCAACAAUCCGGAAAUCGUGAGUGGCGUACUAUAUUGCAAAGUUCUUUAGAAGAGCUUAAAAUAUUGUUGAAUGAAGAAGGAAGAGUUUCUGCAUAUGAACUACACUCUAGUGGAUUGGUACAAACAUUAUUAUCUUUAUUGGCUGCACCACCAGGACCGCAGCCACCAACGCUCAGAACAACAAAGAUGCGAUUACAGAGGAUAGCUGUUUUUAAAAGUUGCUUUCAAACGAAAGAUGCUAAUAGAGAACAUAAUUCAGCAAAAAUUUUAGUGCAUAAACUUGUUUCGGUAUUAGAAUCUAUAGAAAAAUUACCAGUUUAUUUGUAUGAUACUCCAGGUUCUGGUUAUGGCCUUCAAAUUUUAACAAGGAGGUUACGUUUUCGCUUAGAAAAAGCUUCAGGAGAGAGUUCUCUUAUUGAUAGAUCCGGUAGAAGUCUAAAAAUGGAACCAUUGAGUACUAUACAGCAAUUAGAAAAUCAUUUAUUAAAAAUGGUAGCGAAACAGUGGCAUGAUCACGAUAGAUCAACGUUUACUUUUGUGAAAAAACUAAAAGAAGGCAAUAAAUUAACGUUUAAGUAUCAACAUGAUUUUGAUGAAAAUGGCAUAUUAUAUUGGAUUGGAACCAAUGCAAGAUCUUGUGCAGAGUGGGUAAAUCCUGGCCAAUAUGGUUUAGUUGUUGUUACUUCAAGCGAUGGACGGAACUUACCGUAUGGGCAUCUUGAAGAUAUACUUAGUAGAGAUGCUUCAGCAUUGAAUUGUCAUACUAAUGAUGACAAAAGAGCUUGGUUUUCAAUAGAUUUGGGAGUGUGGGUUAUUCCAAGCGUUUAUACCUUAAGACAUGCUAGAGGAUAUGGUAGAAGUGCAUUGAGAAACUGGGUGUUUCAGGCAUCAAAAGAUGGUAUUAUUUGGACAACACUAUAUGCUCAUGUGGAUGAUUGUUCUUUAAAUGAGCCUGGUAGUACAGCUACGUGGACUCUUGAGCCACCGAGCGAUGAAACACAAGGGUGGCGUCACUUACGAUUACAACAAAUUGGGAAAAAUGCUUCCGGUCAAACACAUUAUUUAUCUGUAUCUGGAUUUGAAGUUUAUGGCGAAGUUACAGGUGUUUGUGAAGAUCUUGGUCGUGCCGCGAGAGAAGCAGAAGCCGGUGUGCGGAAACAAAGAAGAUUAAUUAAAACACAAGUUCUAAGGCAUUUAGUCGCAGGUGCUAGAGUCGUUAGAGGAUUGGAUUGGAAGUGGAGGGAUCAAGAUGGUGUGCCACCAGGCGAAGGUACAGUUACAGGAGAACUUCACAAUGGUUGGAUAGACGUAACAUGGGACCAUGGUGGCUCUAAUUCAUAUAGAAUGGGAGCAGAAGGCAAAUACGACUUAAGAUUAGUUGGUACUUGUAUAGACGUGGAUGGUGGAGCAAAAGGUAAAAGUGGUGGAGGAGUAUUAACAGGAAGAAAAUCUAGUAGUACUCCUAGUUUACCUGAUUGUACUGAUACAGCUAUACGUGGCUCAGUAGCAUCAACUGAUCAAGCAGCGAGUGCUGACAAUCUUGCAGCUAAGCAAGCAGCUGAAUCGAUAGCAGAAAGCGUAUUAUCAGUUGCUCGUGCCGAAGCAGUAGUAGCUGUAACUGGCGAAGGUGGAGCAAAUUCAACAGGAGAACUUUCCGUUGUAUUACAUCCAAGGCCCGAUACUACAGUUACAAGUGAUUUAGCUACUAUUGUCGAAAGUCUUGCUCUUAACACGGAUUGUCCAGCAAAUAGUAAUAGUAAUCGUGCUUCUAGUAGUUCAAAAUCAUUAUUUGCUGCUGUUCGAGGAAAUAAGCCUGGUGGAGGAUUAUUGAGUUUGGAAGCUGCAGAAGUACUAGAUCGUAUGAGAGAAGGAGCUGAUAGAUUGCGUAAUAAUACAAAUAGCUUUCUGAGUGGUGAAUUGCUUGGUUUGGUGCCUGUUCGGAUCAGUGUAUCUGGAGAGACAGAUGAAAAUUCACUUAGAAUUAAGCCUGUGCCAAGACAUCAUCCUGGUAUCACGGAUGCUGGUAAAGAAUGCAACCGGGACAAAGAAGCUAGCUCAUCUGCCCAAAAUACUACAGGAGGUUGUCCUGUAGUGGUUACGAAUCCUAUGUCUGUGUCUGUGCCCAAUCUUGCUUGCUCUGACACUAACAAUACUUUGGAACCAGCGGCCGCCACCGGCUUACUGGAAACGUUUGCUGCAAUGGCUAGAAGGCGAACGUUAGGGCCUACAGGUGGACAGCAUAUAGCUUCUAACUCUAAUACUGGUUCUAAUCCACGUGGACCCAACUCGGUUUCAAGCCUUGUUCGAUUGGCACUAAGUCCUAAUUUCCCUGGUGGUUUACUUAGCACUGCUCAGAGUUAUCCAAGUUUAACCAGUAGUAGUCAAGUCGCUGGUAGUGGAGUUACAACAACGACUGGAGCAGGAUUAGGACAAGCACUUACUAUGUCACUUACGAGCACAAGUAGUGAUAGUGAACAGUUGUGGCUUCAGGUUAGUCUCGAAGAUUUUUUGGAGUCCUGCAGUGGAGUUGCAAGCUCUAGUGCAGGUGGCGGUAGAACUACUGGUGGUCCUACACUUCUUACUGAAUUAGAGGAUGACGAAGAUGGUGUAUUAGAAGAAGAGGAAGAUAAUGAUGAAAAUGAUCAAGAAGAAGAUGAUGAAGAAAAUGAAGAAGAAGGUGAUGGUUGUGAAGGAGAAUAUGAAGAAGUUAUGGUCAGUCGUAAUUUAUUAGCAGCGUUCAUGGAAGAAGAAGCACCACAAAGCAGUAAGAGACGCGCAUGGGACGAUGAAUUUGUUCUAAAACGUCAAUUCUCUGCUCUCAUUCCUGCUUUUGACCCAAGACCCGGUAGAACUAAUAUAAAUCAAACAACAGAUUUGGAAGUUCCACCACCUGGUAGUGAAACGCAAACAAGUACGCGAGUUGGAUCAUUACCAAUGCCUAGACUCUCAUUAAGAUUAAAAGGUCCAGGACUUCCAGGAAUACCAGACGUAGAAUUACCACUUUUAGAACCACACGCCAGUAUCUUCCAAGCAGUUCAAGAACUGAUGCAGUUAACAGAAUUAGGGAGUCGUCAAGAAAAAUUAAGAAGAAUAUGGGAACCAACAUACACUAUAAUAUAUAAAGAGGCCAGAGAAGAAGAAUCAUCUGGUAGAGCGACCCCAAUUGUAACGCUGUAUUCUCGUAAUUCUACACAAAAUACAAAUGCAUGUACGGUAGAAGAUGUUUUACAAUUGUUAAGACAUGUGUUUGUCUUGAGUACUACUCGUGAUGAUGGUAGAAACAACGUAUCAGACAUCGUAGAAUCAGAGGAUACAAUGUGCUGGGUACAUCCAGAUGAUUUUACCUCAAAAAAAAUAACAAACAAAGUAGUACAACAAAUUCAGGAUCCAUUGGCUUUAGCUGCUGGUGCAUUACCAAAUUGGUGUGAAGAAUUAGCAAGAAGCUGUCCUUUUUUGUUACCUUUUGAGACUAGGCGAUUAUACUUUAGUUGCACUGCAUUCGGUGCAUCUAGAUCUAUUGUUUGGUUGCAAACACAAAGAGAUGCUGUUCUUGAAAGGCAGAGAGCACCCGGAUUAAGUCCACGACGUGAUGACAGUCAUGAAUUUCGCGUGGGUAGACUUAAACACGAAAGAGUCAGUGUACCAAGGGGAGAGAAAUUAUUAGACUGGGCUGAACAAGUAUUAAAGGUACAUGCAAGCCGCAAGAGCAUAUUAGAGGUAGAGUUUGUUGGUGAGGAAGGUACUGGCUUGGGACCAACCUUGGAAUUUUUUGCACUAGUUGCAGCAGAAUUACAACGUAAAGAUUUAAGCCUUUGGCUAUGCGACGACGAGGAAUCAUGUGAUAAUCAACAAACAUGUGUCUCUGGAGAGCAGGUGCGUCCAGCUGGAUAUUAUGUUGUACGUCCUAGUGGAUUAUUUCCUGCCCCUCUACCUCAAGAUUCUACAGCUUGUGAUCGUGCUGUCAGAUAUUUUUGGUUCCUUGGUGUAUUUUUGGCGAAAGUUCUCCAAGAUAAUAGAUUAGUCGAUCUACCGUUAUCUCGUCCCUUCUUAAAGCUAAUGUGUCGUGGUGAUAUUACAAAUAAUGUAAAUGAAAAAAUCGGUUUGACUGGUGUUACACAAGAAAGCAUGUCGUCUAGUAUGUCGAGUAGUUUCAUCUCAGAGGAAGGUGAGGCUGACGCAGCUUAUUCGACAUUAGAACCUUCUCCAUGGUAUAGUGGUCUAUUGGAUAUUGAAGAUCUCGUUGUUGUCGAUCCAGUGAGAGGUGAUUUCUUAAAAGAAAUAUUAAAUAGAAUGGCCAAACGUGAUAGGACACUUUCUGAUGGACGCAGUUCUGCCGAUGAAGAAACAUCAUUAUGCAUCACUCAUCCAUCUGGAACAUCAGUAGCUAUCGAAGAUUUGGCUUUGACUAUGACAUAUUCUCCAAGUUCGAGAGUUUUCCAACAUGAUCAGGUGGAAUUAAUAGAAGGAGGAUCGGAGAUUCCUGUAACUGUUGAGAAUGCUAAAGAAUAUGCUGAUUUAACAAACGCUUAUUGUUUGGACCGAGGCAUUUGCAGACAACUUGAAGCAUUUAAAUCUGGCUUCUCUAAAGUUUUUCCUAUGGAAAAAUUACAUGCCUUCAGUCCAGAAGAAGUGAGAGCUAUGUUGUGCGGUGAACAAAAUCCACAGUGGACUAGAGAAGAUUUGCUUAAUUAUACAGAACCAAAACUUGGUUAUACAAGAGAAAGUCCUGGAUUCCAACGAUUUGUCAAUGUACUAGUAUCACUAACUGGUUCAGAGAGGAAAGCUUUCCUACAAUUUGCUACUGGAUGUUCAGCAUUACCUCCAGGGGGCUUAUGUAAUUUGCAUCCUAGAUUAACGGUUGUACGCAAAGUAGAUGCUGGAUCUGGCGGUUAUCCUUCCGUUAAUACUUGCGUACAUUAUUUAAAAUUGCCAGAAUAUCCUACAGAAGAAAUUUUGAAAGAACGAUUAUUGGCUGCUACCAGGGAAAGAGGGUUCCACUUGAAUUAAAUGUUUCUGCUCAAACAAGAAACUAUUUUAUAGCAAAAAGAAAUACUCGUUCGCUAACUGCGCGAUUUGAACUUAUUUGGCAGAUUCAAAUGUGCAAUUUAGAUAUGAAAACUCAGUACGGCCUUUAAAUGUUAUUUGACCAUUACGUCAAACCGUGUCCAAUGAAAAAUAAUACAAUUGUAAGUGAUAAUGAUGUACGUAACCUGGAACGGAAAUAUUGUGUUUACAUUAUACUCUUUCUAUAUAUAUAUAUAUGUAUGUCAAAAGGAUUCUCACUUAUUAGAAUACAAAAUUAAGAAUCAUAGAAUUGAAUGUUCAGCAGUAUAAGGUACUGUUAAAUUUGUUCACAAGAGGGCUUAUUCACGUAACUAUAUAAACGAAAUAUUUAAUUAAAUCCUAUAUUUAUCGUGUACCGCAUAGUGAGUGAUAUUAGCUCUCUUUAAUGAUUUAUAUCGCUUAUAUUACAUGUUUACUAGUCAUUGGUAAUUUACACAAUCGUGUAAUAAGAAAAAUGUAUUGCAUCUCUAACUGUUUCAUCAAUCUCGUUUGGUAACGUCAAAUAUUUUUUAUCUGGGCCCUCAUUUACGGUUCCAUAAAUUUAAACAACAAGAAUUUAUCGAACUAAUUAUAUUUUACACGAUGUCUGCGCACUUUAGCAGACGAAUUAUUAGGUAAUAUUAUGUUCUAUUUGUAACAUAAAAGGAUCUGUUAAUUUAUUAUAUAUUAGUUAUUACAAGAGAAGCAACAAAUUUAUAUUUUAUACAUAAACAAUAGUUUAUUCCAGUCUGUUCCAGGUAUUUAACGUACAGCAUAUUGCAAGUUUUGUCCAACAUGAGAGAACGUAUUUUCCCAUAAAACGUAAUAUUUGCGAGUGUUUUCAAGUGUAUUUGCUGUUUUUAUGGAACAAGAACUUUACAGUUCCUUAAAUUUAGAACAAAUGUUCGUACCGUCUUUUGUGAAAUAUUGUUGUGCUUGGAAAAUGAUUCAUAUGAGAUGCAAUUUCAAAGAAAAUUUAUAUUUUCUUUAUGAAAAUACUUCAGUCGUAAUAAAGCAUUAGUAUCACAUAAAAUGAUGGAAAUCAAAAUUAUCUGCAGAAAUGCUAAGUUAUUAUUAUUAUCACUAUCAAAGUGAUGUUUUUCAGCAUCCAGACCAAUUAUUAAAGCAUCUAAACGUCUGUCCUUCUAACAAAGUGUCUUUAUUAGACGGUUAUUAUAUCUUUAAAACUUAAGUAUCAUCAGAAAUUAAAUUUGCAAAACAAAGCGAACCAAGUACAUAAUUUGAUUUUAAUGCGAGCGUUAUAGAAACUUUGUAAAACCAAGCACUCUGCAUCUUUGUACAAUAUGCUACUUAAUGCUCACAAAAUAAUUCUAUUUGUAGGCAAAAAUCAGUAUGAUUGUAAUAAUAGUGUUUAGGGAAAAAGAUAUAAAAAUAAUAUAAUUGUCAGAAAAGGUGAGUGAAAAUAUUGACAUGAAGAAUAGUUACUAUUACUGUAAUAUAAAUUAUUAUUGAAUCUUGGGGAGAAGAAUAAAAGAAAAAAAAAAAAAAAAAACAUUAUGAAGUAUAUAUUUCGUUUAAAGUUUACAUUUUUAUUGGAUCUAUAAUUAAUUAUGAAUGAAUUAGACAAAGCUACAUGUUAAUGAUUUUACGGAUUUUCAGUUGUAUUGUAACUUUUUAAACGCGCAGAAUUAUUACUAGCUUCCAAGUAUUAUAAAUAUAAUUGUAUAGUAAAACUUCCAGAAACAUUUUUCAAUAAUUCAAUUUUAUUAUGCUCGAUUAAAUCUGGUGGCUUACACUUACAUUACAUAGAAAAAGUUUCUCUAUAAAUGUAAAGUAAUAUUUAAAACAAUGAUUAUCAAAUCAAA